AUGCAGUUCUCCGCGAUGCGAAUGGCGCCACUUUCGAUCUUGGUUAUCGUUCUUGUCACUUUGGCUUGGACAUCGCAAUCCCGUCAGUUACGCCCUGCAAAGUACUCGUACCAACAGCUUCCAAACAGGUUUUGGAGACGAAGAGUGCACAUGAUGGACAGGGACUCAUUCGUCAGUGGCGAUAGCUCCCUCGGCAUUACAACCGGCGUCGAGAACUUCUCCCAGGACGAAACCCGAGAUCCCGACGAUUUUUCUGACCCCCGCGGCUUGGCUGAGGUUCAUGCAACGUUUGUACGGGCCAUACCCAUCCAGUAA